CUCUCUCUCUCUCUCUCUAAGCAGCAGCUUCGUCUUCGUCUUCGUCUUCUUCUGCAACUGCGAUUCUGCGGUUCUGCAGCGAGAGAGCUGGAGAGAUUGAUAGAGGGCGUGAGCGGAGAUGAACGGCGGCGAGGCGGCUGGGAUAAUGGAGGCGCAGUACAUACAGAGGCACCACCGCCACGACCCCCGCCCCAACCAGUGCACGUCCGCUCUCUUCAAGCACGUCAAGGCUCCCGUCAAUUUGGUGUGGUCUCUGGUGAGGAGAUUCGAUCAGCCCCAGAAGUACAAGCCGUUCGUUAGCCGAUGCGUUAUGAGAGGAGGCGAGCUCGGGAUCGGAAGCGUGCGAGAAGUUAAUGUUAAGUCCGGUCUUCCCGCCACCACUAGCACGGAGAGGUUGGAGCUCCUGGAUGAUGAGGAGCACAUUCUUGGCGUUCGGAUUGUUGGCGGCGAUCACAGGCUAAGGAAUUAUUCAUCAAUAAUGACAGUCCAUCCAGAGGUCAUCGAUGGGAGACCAGGGACGCUGGUAAUUGAAUCUUUUGUGGUAGAUGUGCCUGAAGGGAACACCAGGGAUGAGACGUGCUACUUUGUUGAGGCCUUGAUCAGGUGCAAUCUGAAAUCUCUGGCUGAUGUCUCAGAGAGGAUGGCUGUGCAGGACCGGACGGAACCCAUUGAUCGGUUUUGAACAGGGUGGCUACUGCUGCGGUGUUGGAGAGUUUAGAUCCUAAGAACUCCCUAAUGUUGAGCCAUCCAUUCAUGUUGUCGGAAGUUUCGGUUGCAUCGAUGGCUGCGAUAUCAGUCUUUUGGAAAUAGUUAUGCUAUUCACGAGCUUGUGCUUGCCAGUCUGUUCUUCUCACUUUGCAAUUAUCUGCAAAGUAGAGUCCUACAAAGGCUUCUGUAUGCAUUUGUUGAAUGGAGUGGAUGGUUCCUUUUUGCCCCGAAUAUUACUAGGUUUUUUGUUCUGUGAUGCUUAUGCAAUGGUAUGUAAAUAUCAAUAACAGAUGCUCUUAUUUCUGUGGGAAUAUGUAAUUUCGCAACCUUUAGGUCAGGAGGACCCAGUCCUUCGUACGAGGCUGUGAUACUUUAUGCUAGCUUGUAAAUAUUAUGGACAUGUUUUGGUUA